CUGACGCUGCAGCACCGAGCUCGCAACAGUCGACGACGACGUCUGCAUACAAAAAUACCGGACAGCCGCCGUGACGCCUGCCCGCUGCUGCGCCUGCACUCUGACGCUCAUUGACCAGCGACCCGGGGCUGUGCAGUGCCAAUCCACAGCCUACUUACACCCACCGUCAGCGCUCCACGCCCGCCCACGCCGACACUCCUCACCCACCACCACGCACCCGCCCACCAUGGAGCACCCGCGAGCAUCUUCGCGGGCCCCCGCCAGCGACGUCGACAAGCUCGCCGUCGAGAUGACCGAGAAGUUCCGCUCCGUCCUCAGCACCAAGCGCAUGAACGACCUCUCCACAUCCUGCUCGCAGUCCCGCUCGGCGUCGCCUGCACCACGAGACUUUGGCACACCGCAGCCGCCCACACAGCAUGCCCCGCCGUCGUACUCGUCGCUCAAGAACAUCCCACUCGUCGCCCAGGCCCCGAACUCGAACGACCUCCGCUCGAUGCGCUUCCGCAACAUGCUGCACUCACUCUCGGCCAUGCCCACGCGAUGGGAGAACCCUGGGCUGCUGGACGAGGCCCUGCGCGUUGUGCCUCUGGAGCAGAUCUACAACGAGGCCGACGAGGAGAGCCAGAUCCUGCAGGCGGAGGCGGACAGUCUCGGCGCCGGCAAGAAGGCCGCUUGGGGCUACCAGGACUGCGUUGUCCGCGCACUGCUGCGAUGGUUCAAGCGCUCGUUCUUCCAGUGGGUCAACAACCCGCCGUGUUCGAGGUGUUACUCGCCUACAGUAGCAGUCGGCCUCACGACGCCACUUCCUGAUGAGCAGGCUCUCGGCGCCAACCAGGUCGAGGCCUACAAGUGCUCGCACGAGGGAUGCCAGAACUACGAGCGAUUCCCCCGUUACAACGACGCAUUCGUCCUCCUACAGACCCGCAAAGGCCGUUGUGGCGAGUGGGCCAACUGCUUCAGCAUGCUCUGCCGAGCCGUUGGAUCAAGAGUCCGCUGGGUUUGGAACGCAGAGGACCACGUCUGGACAGAAGUCUACUCAGUACACCGCAAGCGAUGGGUACACGUAGAUGCCUGCGAAGAGGCCUGGGACAAGCCCCGGUUAUACACCGAUGGCUGGGGCAAGAAGCUGUCUUACUGCAUCGCCUUCUCUGCUGAUGGCGCCAUGGACGUUACUCGACGCUACGUGCGCGACCAGAACAAGCACGCAGCUCCCCGCACCCGUGCACCUGAGGCCGUCCUCCUUCACAUCAUGGACGAGAUCCGUGCUGUGCGACGCAAGGACAUGUCCAAGCAGGACAAGUUCCGCCUGCAAGGUGAGGACCUCCGUGAAUCAAAGGAGCUUCGCGGCUAUGUCAUUUCUUCCAUCGCACACGACAUCUGCAAGCUCAAGCCACAAGACAUCAUCAACGGAGCACCUCCUCGCGAUGCCGAAUCCGACAAGGCAUUGGAGGGUCGUAUGAGCGGCAACCAGGCAUGGAUUCGAGCACGGAACGAGCAAGGACGAGGCCAGUCGAACCAACAGGACCCUCGCAACCAGCACCCGCAUUGAGGAUCCUACCCACAAAGGUCACUCACUAUCUUUUCUUCACUACCAUCUCCGCCUAUCCUGUCGCCCUACAACGCAGCCGAGCCAGGUCCACCGUGCAUAGCACCUACCCGCUCUGGCACGUAGGUCCGGAUUGAGCUCUUGAUGGCUCUCUUUCACCUUGACCCUGCGACGUUCGCUCACGAGCACCCCGCACUCUGUAACCAUAGAAUCCCGGAUUCAGCGA